UCUGAUGGCCUUUUGUAUAAAGUUUCUUACAAGAAGUGAUAUUGUAAAUUAUAUUUGUUCACAACAAAAAACAAAAUAUUACGCAUUUAAAGAGGCGUUUAUCAUUUACAGUGUCAUUGUCAUAGGAUUUUUGUUUGUGUCACCCUUACUGAAAGGGCCAACCAAUUUGGCUUAUGAGACACCUACAUACAUUGAACAGCAUUUCUUCCCGAUUCCUAUUUUUUAAUGCCAGGCACCAGGCAGGUAGGCAAUCGGUAACCAUUAUUUAACCAGCUGGCGGCUCACCAACCGGUCUCUCUUCAGUAACAAGACCCGCCUCUGACAAGGCUCGAACCUUCGACCUCCCGAUUGCGGGUCUGUUCUAGAAACAUCAACAUUCAACUAGCCAUGUCAACUGAAGAAGUAGAAGAAGAGAUCGUGGAUAUUUUCUGCGAUUCGGACCACCCAAAAUCGGUAGACUUUGAAAAGGUUAUAAAUGCUCAAGAAGCCAUUGGCGACGCGGUUGUAAAAACACCAUGCCGCCGCUCGCAGUUGUCCGACAUGUACGGAAUGGAAAUCUACACCAAGAAAGAAUUUGUUCAAUACACAGGAAGCUUCAAAGAAAGAGGAGCAAGGAACAGCCUGCUGAACCUGUCUCCGACGCAGAAAAAGAAAGGAGUAGUAGCAGCCAGUGCCGGGAACCAUGCCUUAGCAUUGUCAUAUCAUGGAAAGUGUCUCGGGAUACCAGUGUAUGUUGUCAUGCCAACAAUAGCGCCACUGAUGAAAAUAAAGGCGUGUGAGAAAUUUGGAGCAAACAUCACGAUUUCUGGAGAUAACAUAAUCGAUUCCAAAAAAAUUGCGCUGAAAAAGAGUAAAGAAGGAGGACAGAUGUACAUAAACGGAUACGACCAUCCAGAUAUAAUAGCUGGACAAGGCACGAUUGGCUUGGAGAUUGUAGAACAGGUACCUGACCUUGAUGCAUGCAUUAUUCCUGUUGGUGGUGGCGGAAUGAUAGCUGGAAUCGCUCUCGCUAUUAAAACAAAAUUGCCAAAUGUCAAGAUCAUUGGUGUUGAACCGGAGCAUAGUCCUGGUUUCCAAGCCGCCAUGAAAGCCGGAAAACCAAUAUUUACACCAACCACUCCUACACUUGCAGAUGGUUUGGCUGUUCCAACUGUCGGAGUGAACGCAUUUGAGACUGCACAUAAACUGAUAGAUCAAAUUGUCACUGUAAAUGAGGAGAAUAUGGCACUAGCUAUUCUGAGAUGCAUAGAGGUGGAGAAAGUCGUAGUGGAGGGUGGUGGAGCUGCAGGCUUAGCUGCCAUCAUUCAAGGACUAGUACCUGAAUUAAAGGGCAAAAAGGUUGUGGUAAUUCUGAGUGGAGGUAACAUUGACACAACAGUGCUGGGUCAUGUGAUUGAAAGAGCAUUAGCUACCGACGAACGACUGGUCAGAUUCAGAGUCUCUGUCCGCGACAGACCGGGAGGGAUGGCAGAGCUUACGAAACUUCUUGCUGAUCAGAAUGUCAGCAUCGUGGAUAUUUUCCACGAAAGACCAUGGGAAAAGCAUGAUGUAUUUGCUGCUAUGGUGAAGGUCGUUUGUGAAACACGUGAUGCCAAACACAGCAAAGAGUUACGCAAAGCUCUCGAGGAAAGAUAUCCAAACAAUCUAAAGUGGGGACCGUCAUAUGACUAACUGAAAUAUAUAUUGAGUAACAGGAUGUUAUUGCAUACUUAAUGUCACAGAUGCAUCCAUAAGCCAUAAUUAUCUACCCUUCUACUUACAGGUUCUUAAACUUCUAUAAUAGAAACGGAUAAAACUAACAAAUAGUGAAUUUGAGAAAUGUACAUAAUGUGUGUCAAUCAAAAUUUUAUUCUCAAAUUCAUCUCUGAAUUUUAAUGGUGUAUAACUCAACAGAGUUAGAGGAGGAUGUUUUAGAUUCCUGAACUAUGUCAAUGUGUGUUUUAAAAAUACAGGACAAAAUAUAACCAAUUUUAAUCAUAUUAUCUAAUGACCAUUAUAAAAUAUCAUUGGCUUUGAUGACACCAUAUGGAUACAUGUCUUAUUCAUAUACACAUCAUGAAGUUUCAUUGGAUAUCAACUAAGAAUAAAUUUACCUUUCAGUGUAGAAAAUAUUCAAUUUUUCCGAAAAGUGUGGUAUUAAAAACAAAAUAUUGAAAGGUAAAUAUAUACAUGUAAAAGUUUUUAAAGUGUGCACGCGAACCCUGUCUAAUUACAUGCUAUGUGCAGAAAUGUUUAUAGACAACAUAGACAUAUAAAUGUUAUUAGAUAUUAUGUAUCACCCUUUUAAGCUGAGAAAAAUGAGUAAAUAUGAAGCAUUCUCAAACGUUUUGACCUUCAGGAAUGACCUUGACAUCGGGUUAAUCCAACUGUAACAUACGUCUUGCGCUUUGUCUUCAAGGAAUAAACAUUCUAACCAAGUUCCAUCAAUCUCCUCCGAUGGAUUUGGAUAGAAAAUUAAGGUCCUUACCUUAGGCCCGCGCAAUACAAAUAUGGGUUCAGCACGUCAUCUUGUUGAAAUGGAAAUUUCAACUGGAGUCUUAUAAAUAUUCUUGUUUAUUGAAAUGUUCUUCUAACAGAUGUCUGACAUUUACUGUGCAAGCAAAUAUAAUUUUACUAUUACCGAAUUAUUAUAAAAGAUUAUUAACUAUUACGUACUGUGAUAAAUUUCAUACUUCCUUUAGAUUGGGUGGGAUUGUUUUAUUCUUUGAGACACUUCUAAGCAUCAUUUUGCAUGUUCGGAGAAGACGUUACAAAAAUAGUAUUGGAGAGGAAACCUUUAAAAUUGAAUAUCAUUUUGAUGAAACCGAUAAUACUUUAAAGUUAUUUAUUUGUUUUACACUGUGAAUAGCUGUUGUUUAACCUUUCUUUUGUUUUUAAGUAUUUUUCAUAAAAAUAGUCCUAAUGAGAUAAAUAAGAUUUGCAUAUGUAAUUUCGAAAAGUAAUCAAAACAUGUAUACAAUAUGAAAUAUUAUUACUUUAAUGUCUAUCGAAUAAAAAAGUCACAUAAAGCAUGACACUCUUAGUUGCAGUUACAUAAAUCGUUUCCGAAUUACCAUUGGGGGGAAAAGAUCCUUUGGAAGCAUAGAACGCAACCGAGAAACUUAAUAGCAGACUUGGUUCGUGGGAGGUUAUGAAAUGUGCAACACCCCUCACGCCCAAGCACCGGCUUAAGUGGAAUUUUGUGAAUGUUCUUUAUGAUCCCAAAGGACAAGAACAUGUAACAACACUGAGUCAAAGAAAUGUUCUGUACAAAAAAACGCCAUAAAUUCGACAUUCAUCUCCUAAGUUUAUUACAAGUAAUCCUUUCGCCGUUACAAAAUUGUUUACUAACAGUCACACUCUGAGAUUUCUUGAAAAUCAAAAGAAAUGUUACCACGGAGGACAUUUUUUAAAUGGAAUUUAAAGAUGGAAGUCAAGCUUUGUGUAACAAUUUUAUUCGAUUAAACAUCAAUAAACUGAAACAAGUCAUUUUAUAUGUCGUUAUUAACUUUCAAACUUUCUGAAAAUUGGGGACCAUUUUCUUACACUUCCUUUAUAUAUAUUUUAAUACAUAUAUACCAUGGGUGUUUGUGAACAAAUACAAUGUAAUUAAAGAAA